AGCAUAUGGGGGCUCUGUGUCCCCAGAUGCUGGCAGUGCCGUGUCCCACUGCCUGAUGCAAGGGGCCGGGCUUGGCCCUUUUGUGCAUGUCCUGGCCAGCAUGGGGACCUUAUUCACCCCACUACUGCCUGAGGAACCUCAAAGGCAGCUCUAGGACCCCACCAUAAUAGGGAGGGAACUAGAGUACAGAUGGAGACCCUGUUUGGGGUCGCACUUGUCCCUGAGGGGACCCACUCCGCAUGGACACAGCCUCAGCUCCAGCCCCAGUGCAGGGACACACAGCAUCUGGGCAGGCUGGCUCACCUCAGGGACAUGCAGGUAGUGAGCCCCCGUUGUAGGGCUCUGUGACAGCAGAAGCGGAGACAAGCCUCAUAUUUGGGCAUGAAGCAGGUUAUUGGAGGCUGGGCCCUGGCAGGCGGCAGAUAACCGUGCUGAUAACGACUCCCACCAUACAUCACCAUCCCCAUUGGCUCCUGCCACCAGGGGCUGCCUAUAUAUCCCCCUCCCCAUCUCAGGCUCUGGGCUGGGCCUGUGUGGCAUGAUGGUGCCUGCCAGUGUGAUGGGGCUGCUCCUCUGCGUGCAGCUCUGCAUGGGCAGCGAGGUGCUGCGGCUCGUGGAUGGCGGUGGGCGUUGUGCCGGUCGGGUGGAGGUGAAGCACGAGGGAGAAUGGGGCUCCGUCUGCACCUACGACACCCUGUGGGGUGCACGUGAGGCUGGUGUGGUGUGCCGGCAGCUGGGCUGUGGCACGGUGGCCCAUGCUUCCCCAUACUCCCCAUUCGGGCAGGGCAAGGGACGCAUCUGGCUGCAUCCCUACUGCCUUGGCACUGAGGCCACCCUGCAGGACUGCUACAACUUUGGCUGGGGCAAGCACUUCUGUGGCCAUGAGUGGGACGUGGGAGUGAUCUGCACAGAGGCGCUGGAGCUGCGGCUGGUGGAUGGCAGGGGACCCUGCGAGGGGAGAGUGGAGGUGAAGCUGCGAGGACGCUGGGGCACGGUGUACGAUGAUGCCUGGAACAUGAAUGAUGCUGAGGUGGUGUGCCAGCAGCUGGGCUGUGGCUCAGCUGCUGACACCAAGUUCACCUGGCGAGAUUUGCAAGCCAACAGUCCUGCAAUGUUGGCCUUUGUCAACUGCAAUGGGAACGAGAAGGCCAUCUGGGAUUGCAACAUUAAGGGCUGGGGUCCCUACAAUGAACCUUAUGAUUAUAACGCCACUGUGGUCUGCCAAGGGUUCUCCCGGCUGGUCGGAGGGGACAGUGCCUGCUCGGGGCGGCUGGAGGUGCGGCAGGGCCGCGCCUGGGUCAGUGUCUGCCACAGCCAUGUGGACCUCAUGGCCGCCCAGGUCAUCUGCAGGGAGCUGGGCUGUGGUACAGUGCUGGCCCUACCCGGGGCCGGGCAUUUUGGAGCAGCAGCGGGGCCAUUCUGGGACAAUGCCUUCAAGUGCAACGGCACUGAGCCCCUCCUGUCUGCUUGCACACGGCAGCCUCCCGAAAUCAAGAACUGCACUCAACCUGCUGCCAUCAUCUGCUCUCCCUACACUGGGUUCCGGCUGGCGGAUGGAGACUCACUCUGCACUGGGCGAGUGGAGGUGGAUGCACGAGGGGUUUGGAGCCCUCUGUGUGCCACUGCCUGGGACCUGCCUGACGCCCACGUCCUCUGCCACCAUCUGGGCUGUGGCUCUGCUGUCUCCCUCCCCCCACCAGGCCAGUUUGGGACAGGGACUGGGAUGGUGCUGCAUGAUGCCCUCAGCUGCAGCGGGAGCGAGCGGCACCCAGGCGAGUGCCCCAUGGAGGUGCUGGGGCAGCCCGCCUGCCCCCCUGGGCAAACAGCUGCCAUCAACUGCUCAGGUGUCACAGAGCCCCUGCGGCUCCACGGUGGGGAGAGCCGGUGUGAUGGACGGCUGGAGGUGGCCAUGCGCCCUGGUGUCUGGGCCCGUGUGUCUGUGGGGCUGUGGGACAAUGGCACUGCCACUGUGGUGUGUCGGCAGCUGGGCUGCGGUGUGCCUGAGAAAAUCUAUGCUGUGCUGGCCACUAGCUCGGGCCCCAUGGAGCUGCAGGAGCUGCAGUGUGUUGGCACCGAGGAGCUCCUGGCACACUGUAAUGCUUCCGGGAUGGCCACUGAGCCCAGCCACAGCCCUGAGGAGUUGUCCGUUGCCUGCUCUGGCAGCCGGCAGCUGAGGCUGGCAGGAGGCCCCGGGCGCUGUGCUGGCAGGGUGGAGGUGUACAGCGAGGGCACCUGGGGCACCGUCUGCCAGGACACCUGGACCCUGCAGGAUGCCACCGUCGUCUGCCACCAGCUGGGCUGCGGAUGGGCUCUGGAGGCAGCUGGCUCUGAGCGCUUUGGGCCUGGCACUGGGACGCUGUGGCUGGGUGCUGGGGGCUGCUCUGGGACAGAGGAUGCUCUCUGGCACUGCCCGGCCCCUCCGCAGCGUGGCUGCUGGCUUGGUGGUGGUGCGGGUGCUGUGUGCUCAGGGCUGCUGGACCUGCGGCUGACAGGGGAAAGCAGCAGAUGCAGAGGGUACCUGGAAGUGCUGCAUGAGGGGACGUGGGGUCGUGUUUGCGCCAAUGGCACCAGUCUGGCCACGGCCGCUGCUGUCUGCCGCCAGCUGGGAUGCGGCACUGGGGGGAGUCUGGAGGCUGUCCCUGCACAGGGCUCAGAUCCUGCCUGGCUGAGCUGGGUGAGUUGUGAGGAGGGGGCCCGCUCGCUCUGGCGCUGCCCCUCGGCACCCUGGCAGCUGCAGGAAUGUGACCCCACCGGGAUCACCUACAUCGCAUGUGAAGAGGACACCAGGGACAGGAGUGAGGCCACCAGCCCAGCCUCAGCUCUCACCCACAGCGCUGUCCCACUGACAGCAGCACCUGUGAGCUUGUCAGCGCUCAUGGUGCUGUGUGUGAUCCUGGGGAUGCUGCUGUGCCUGGCCCUGGCCGUCCUGGCUGUGCAGGCACACCGCGCACGAGCCCAGUGCCAAGGCCCCAGCAAGGAUGCUGCCUCCGAGGUUGUGUAUGAGGAGCUUGACUACAGCCUGAUGCCUGAGUACCAGGAGGUGCCCAGCCGCACAGGCUCCCUGUCCCAAGUCUCAGGAACAAAGAUGUCAGAUUACCUUGGGGAUGGUGGUGAGGAGAGUGACCUCCAGGUGUCCCCAGACUCCCCUGCCCAGCCCCAGCACAGCCCCUCGCAUGGCUACGAUGAUGCUAUGGCUGUGCCGGAGGUGUCCCCCUCUCCCCCUACUGGGGAUGCCCCGGCACAGCCCGCCGAGGACAUGGGUUAUGAUGACGGGGGUGGCCGUGAGGUAGGGAGGAUGCAGUGGGGAGGGUUGCAGCCAUGGGACGGGCACCCCCAGGCUCAGCCACCUCCCCUGGUGCCCACAGGCAGCGAGGUGCUGCGGCUGGUGGACGGCGGUGGGCGCUGUGCAGGUCGGGUGGAGGUGAAGCACAAGGGAGAAUGGGGCUCUGUCUGCAGCUAUGACUUCAGCUGGGACAUGCAAGCGGCCGGUGUGGUGUGCCGUCAGCUGGGCUGUGGCACGGUGGCCCAUACGUCCCCAUAUGCCCCAUUCGGGCAGGGCCAGGGACGCAUCUGGCUGCAUACUAUCUUGUGCGACGGCACUGAGGCCACCCUACAGGACUGCUCUCAUUUUGCCUGGGGCAAGCACUUCUGCGGCCACGAGCAGGACGUGGGAGUGAUCUGCACAGCCUACACCGGAUUCCAAUUGGCAGAUGGAGACUCAGGCUGCGGUGGCCGGGUGGAAGUGGAGGCACGAGGGGUGUGGAGGCCCCUGUGUGCCACUGCCUGGGACCUGCCCGAUGCCCAUGUCCUCUGCCGCCACCUGGGCUGUGGCUCUGCUGUCUCCCUGCCCCCACCAGGCCAGUUUGGGACAGGGACAGAGAUGCUGCUCCACGAUGCCCUCAGCUGUAGCGGGAGCGAGCGGCACCCAGGCGAGUGCCCCGUGGAGGUGCUGGGGCAGCCCGCCUGCCCCACUGGGCACACUGCUGCCGUCAACUGCUCAGGUGGGGAGCACUGCCCAUCCCCAUGGCACAACCAGGCUUUUGCAGGUGUCCCUGAGCCCCUGCGGCUCCACGGUGGGGAGAGCCGGUGUGAUGGACGGCUGGAGGUGGCCAUGCGCCCUGGUGUCUGGGCCCGUGUGUCUGUGGGGCUGUGGGACAAUGGCACUGCCACUGUGGCAUGCCGGCAGCUGGGCUGCGGCGUGCCUGAAAAAAUCUAUGCUGUGCCAGCCACCAGCUCGGGCCCCAUAGAGCUGCAGGAGCUGCAGUGUGUUGGCACCGAGGAGCUCCUGGCACACUGUAACACCUCCAGGAUGGCCACUGAGCCCAGACACAGCCCCGAGGAGUUGUCCAUUGCCUGCUCAGGCAGCAGGCAGCUGAGGCUGGCAGGAGGCCCCGGGCGCUGUGCUGGCAGGGUGGAGGUGUACAGCAAGGGCACCUGGGGCACCAUCUGCCAGGACACAUGGACCCUGCAGGAUGCCACCGUUGUCUGCCGCCAGCUGGGCUGCGGAUGGGCCCUGGAGGCACCGGGCUCUGAGCGCUUUGGGCCUGGCACUGGGACAUUGUGGUCAGGUGCUGGGGGCUGCUCUGGGACGGAGGAUGCUCUCUGGCACUGCCCGGCCCCUCCGCAGCGUGGCUGCCAGCAAGGAGAAGGUGCGAGUGCCGUGUGCUCAGGGCUGCUGGACCUGCGGCUGACAGGGGAAAGCAGCAGAUGCAGAGGGCACCUGGAAGUGCUGCAUGAGGGGACAUGGGGUCGUGUUUGCGCCAAUGCCACCAAUCCCGCCACAGCCGCUGCUGUCUGCCACCAGCUGGGAUGCGGCACUGAAGGGAGUCUGGAGGCUGUCCCUGCACAGGGCUCAGAUCCUGCCUGGCUGAGCUGGGUGAGAUGUGAGGAGGGGGCCCGCUCGCUCUGGCGCUGCCCCUCAGCACCCUGGCAGCUGCAGGAAUGUGACCCCACCGGGAUCACCCACAUCGCAUGCGAAGAGGACACCAGGGACAGGAGUGAGGCCACCAGCCCAGCCCCAGCUCUCACCCACAGCGCUGUCCCACUGACAGCAGCACCUGUGAGCGUGUCAACGCUCAUGGUGCUGUGCGUGAUCCUGGGGACGCUGCUGUGCCUGGCCCUGGCCACCCUGGCUGUGCAGACACAGCGCACACGGGACCAGUGCCAAGGCCCCAGCAAGGAUGCUGCCUCCGAGGUUGUGUAUGAGGAGCUUGACUACAGCCUGAUGCCUGAGUACCAGGAGGUGCCCAGCCACACAGGUGGGAGUGGGAUGGUCCCCGCGGCCUGGGGCUCUCCCCAUCCCGUUUUGUGUCCCCAAGGCACUUCCUCCCCUGCAGGCUCCCUGUCCAAAGUCUCAGGAACAAAGAUGUCAGAUUACAUUGGGGAUGGUGGAGAGGAGAGUGACCUCCAGGAGUCCCCAGGUAGGGGCACAGGCACAGAAGUGCACUGUGAGGACAGAAAGGCACCGGGCACCCUGCGGAGGGGACAUAGCCAAACAGCGCUGGUGGGGAGGCGUGGGCGCGCAGCCCCUCCUGGCUGUGUCCUCACCACCAGCCCCUCUGUGCCUUUCACAGACUCCCCUGCCCAGCCCCAGCACAGCCCCUCGCAUGGCUACGACGAUGCUAUGGCUGUGCCGGAGCUGUCCCCCUCUCCCCCUACUGGGGAUGCCCCGGCACAGCCCGCCGAGGACAUGGCUUACGAUGACGUUGGUUUCAGCACCCUGGGGACAUCGCUGUGAGCAGGCUCUGGGGACAUGGCUGCAACAGGAGCCUCCGUCCCCAAAAAGGAGUGGCUCUGGCCUUGGCAGCAUCACCUCUCCCUGCCUGGCACACAGAACAGUAUCAAACUGUUCCAUUCUCCUUCCUGUACCUGUGACACAACAGCUUGUCAGCUUUUUCAAAAUUAUUUUCUGUAACUCUUUCCUUAUGAGUAUCUCUUCUUUAUUAAAACCCCCAAUCUGAGUGGAAACUCACUUCCAGCCUUGGCUCCUCUACUUGAGUCUAUCAGCCUUCCCUCAGGGCUGUGGGGCAAACCUGGAUUUCAGAGACACCCGCCUUGGCGCUUGGCACUGGGGAAACAACAGAAAGAGUGGGAAAGCUCAUGGAGGAUUCACAUCCCUGCUGUAUGUUCCUGAUGAAAGGUGCCAAGCAGCCGUCCCUGGAGUUCCAUUCAAGUUGUGGAACAGGCAUCCUCAUCUUCUCUAUGCCACCACUGUGUGCCACUGCCAGGAGGAAUGGCAGCCUCCUGGCUGGCAGCGCUCGUCCCUCCCGAGCAGGACAGGCCUUCCCACCAGGGCCUCUCAGCUGGGCCCGGAGCCCUGCUGCAGAGCUACCUGGUGCUGCCGGCAGAGCUGUAGGCCUGGCCCUGCUGAGCCCUGCUCUGGGGCUCCUGCUGCCUCAUGGGCCCUGCUCCAGAAGGCUGGUAGCCCGUGUUGGUGCUCUGAUGGCAGGGCAGUGCCAGAGCUCUGCAACAUGAGCACAACAGGGUGGGAGCAUUGCCCUGGGCCCUUCUGGCAUUCCUCUCCUGCACACUGCAGCCCUGCACCCUCAGCAGGAUCCUUGCCCCACAGCCAUGUUCUCAGGAGCCUUUGGUGCCCACUGAGCCAUGUGGCCACUCACUGACCCUGCAGCGGGGCCAGGCGCAGCCCCGCGUCCCAGCCCUGCAUACAGGCAGUGUUUCGCUUUUGAAAGCAGCGGCACACCAGUUGCACACUUCCUCCUUUCCCAGCACUGCACUGCACGCAAGGACAGGGGCAGGGACACGUCGGCCCAGCGCCUUCCCCUGUGAAGCUGGGUUUCUGUACUGUCCCCUCAGCAGCUAGACAUCCUUAGGAACGCUGCAAUCUGCAGCUGUCCCUGUGUCUGCUCCUGGCACAGCGAUACCAAAGCAGGGGAGUGGGACCCCUUCCCGCAUGCUACAGGCUGGAGUCAAAGAGCAUCACUUUAUGCAAUGUAUCACUACUGUGCAGGUGGUAUGGCAGCUGCAUGCGGUUGUUGCUCACACUGGAUCCCCAUGCAGAAGAAAACAUCCCGUCCUGCUCAUGCUGCAGGGCAAGCACAGGGACUGUGUCUGCCCAGAUGCAGGCAGUGCAUUGGCUCAUGCACCGGCUCAUGUGAGGGGCCUGGCAUGGCCAUCGUGUGCAUGUCCACACCAGCAUGGGGACCUUAUUCACCCCACUGCAGCCUGGGGGACCUCAAAGGCAGCUCUAGGACCCCACCAUAAUGAGCUGGGCACUAAGGUGCAGAGGGAAGCCCUGUUUAGGAUCACUCCUGUUCCUAUGGGGACCCACUCUGCAUGGACACUGCCCCAGUCCCAGCUCAGGGACACACAGCACCAGGGCACGUGCAGGCUGGCUCACCACAGGGACAUGCAGGCAGAAAGCCCCCUUGUUGGGGCUAUGUGACGCCAGAAGUGGAGACAAGUCUCAUAUUUGGGCAGAAAGCAGGUUAUUGGAGGCUGGGCCCCAACAGGCAGCAGAUAACCCUGCUGAUAACUGCUCCCACCGAACAUCACAUGUGUAGCAAUCAGAAUGACUAACGCAAGGGAAAUAGCAUUAAAAAAAAGGUGGAAGGAAAAUAGAGUGCUCACCUGGAUCAGAAAAUUCUGGGCUCACAGGGAAAGUCACUCACCAAGGAGAGACCUCCAAGAAGAGAUCCUUCCUCAGGGGCAGUCAGCCCUUAAAUGAGGCAUAAGAGGGGUAGAGCCAGGCUCCACCCCUUCUGGUCACACAGGUGAAUUGCCUUCACAUGUGCUCCCAGGGCUGACUGGGUCUUUCCUCCAGGUGCUCAGUCAGUGGUUCAGGCCAUGACUCAGCAGUUCCCAUACACUCCACCCCUUCAUGGCAUGAAGGAGUUAGCUUGAGGGUGAGCCUUCCCUGAUACAGGGAUCCAACACACCAUGAUGAUUAUACAACUGCCCAUCGCGAUGCAGGUUGACACAAUGUGAGACGACUGAUGAUCAGUUCAUGGUUGAGGUUCACAUUGUCUUAUAGGCCAGAGCUCGAUUAUGUUACUGGAGGCAUGCAGUUGUAUGGUGCAGGUCCGUCUCAUGCUCCACCAGUCCCACAAAGGCCAUCACCGGGUGUCGUGCUUGAUCUCACAGCGACACUGGAACGCUCCGAUGACAUUUCGCUCCUUCCGGUGAUCCUAGAGACUCAGAAGACUCAUGGGGAGUAAUACAGGUGUGUCAAUGGUACCA